CGUUAUUUCGCUGUUAUUGCGUGUUACUGUUUUUUUUCCCUCAUUUCAAACAAGCUGACUGGUCGAGUGUUAAGAUUGGGUGCCUACACGGUCAUAUUGGAGAUUGAGAAGCUCGCUAGUUAACUAUACCGUCAAUGUGAUAGCUUCACACUGCUUAGCACCGCACGCAACAUGAGUGGUUUGACUCAGCGGAAAAGACGAACAGGUUCACUCUCAUGUUCUCGGCGCAGCAACAAAAGGACUAGGACUCAGAUGUCUCAGACGGUCAUGGAAACCAUUGAUGUGAUGGAAAACGACAGACUAAGCAGUGAGGAGGUAGUAGACCUAACCUGUGAAGGCUCAGAGCCAGCUGUUGUUGAUCUGACCAAUAAUGAUUCUGUUGUGCUUGUAGAUGAAGGUACACAGAGCAGAGAUGGACAGGGCACAGAGAGUUAUGUGCUGAGUAGUGAUGAGGAGGAAGACACAAGUCUAAAUCUCAAUCCAUCUUUACUCUCUUCUCUACAUGCUAGCACCAGAGCCAGGUCUAAACCAGGAACGGUUAGCUGUCCUGUGUGCAUGGAUGCAUACGCAGAGAUCGUUGACAGCGGCCGGCUCAUGGUAUCCACCAAGUGUGGCCACCUGUUCUGCAGUCAGUGCAUCCGCGACUCCCUCGCCAGGGCCCACACCUGCCCAACGUGCAGGAAGAAACUCACUUACAAGCAAUAUCACCCUAUAUAUAUCUGAUGUCAAAGAAAGAUGUAUUUUCACUGACCUGUGACAAGAACAGUGCACUUUUACAACCAGUUUGUAUGUUUCUGCCAAACUUCUUAUCUAUGGCCUUUGAGGCAUCACCUGGACCUCAACGUUUCGUGACUAUAUGCCAACAAUGCGAUGAUAAAAUAAUCUGCCUGUUGGAGGGAUGGACACAGCCAGAGGAAAUCUAACUUUUGAAGGGUUCUUUUUUCACCUGGUCUAUAUGCAAGCUGCUCUUAAAUCUAGUACUCCUUCAUAAAUUUGGGGUUUAGAUGUUGAGCACUAAUAUUUAAGUAAUGUGAAUUGUUUUACUGCCCUGUUCCCCAGGAAUCUAGCAGAAAUAUAUCUCAUGGAUUCUGGAAGAAAAAGCAAGAAUGUUGCUUUGAAAUGGUGUAUGAUACUGUUGAGUCAGCCCAUGUUACUUUACUCAUGUCUACCAUUAGAAGUUAACCAGAUUCACCAUGCAAUUUGGAACUACAUUCCUUUAAGUUUGAUUCUUUAUUUUUUCAGACAGUGCUUUGAUUUGCUUUUGGUGUGUGUAAAUGUAAUCUGUUGUAAUAAAUGUGGGUGCAAUACAGUCUGUUCACUGCACCUAUUAAUUGUAAAUGUGUAUGUAUUUAAUGUAUAAAAGUUGAGCAAGGUUAGAAGACUGGCAAUACAAUGUAAAAGGGAAGUUUGUUUCAAUAAAAGAGUGAGCGCUA